AUGGAGGGACCCACGCCCGAGCCCGUCUACGUGGAUGUGGACAAGGGGCUGACCCUGGCCUGCUUCGUCUUCCUCUGCCUCUUCCUCGUGGUGAUGAUCAUUCGCUGUGCCAAGGUCAUCAUGGACCCCUACAGCGCCAUCCCCACCUCCACCUGGGAGGAGCAGCACCUGGACGACUGAGGUGUG